AUGUCUGCUUCUCCACCCACGUCGUCGCCUUCGUCGUCGUCCGCCGGCGUCCCUCUGCUGAGUGCUGCCCCGUCGUCGACCUACAGCCUGGGUGAUUGCACCGCCUGUCACUCCCUUGGUCGAUCUAUUCCGGCCGCGGCUCCAUACUCCGGUUCGCAGCCAUCUCUAUCGGAACGGGCGCGCAUUAUCCAGGCUGCUCAAGUCACCGCGGCCCUCGAUCACGAGGUGCUGGAUCUCCGGGGCCGUCUUGACGUCGCCCAGGAUCUUCUUGAAGCAUCUGGUCGCCACACUGCAAGGCUUCAUCGAUCCAUCCAUGAUCGCGAUCUGGAGGUUCAACGCGUGCGCAACGAAGCCGACGGUCGUCUCCGAGAUCUCCAGCAGGCUCUGAACACCGAAGUAGAACGCCGUCAGCAAGCCGAAGCUGCUGAACAACAACUGAUGCCGAUGAAGUCACUCUGUCCGCUGCAGCAUCGCCCUCUAACGUCGUCCCCAGUCAGUUGGAGAUCGCCCUCGGAGAUCUGGAUGAUCGAGCUGGCAGAUAUCAAGGCUACCUGGACCCCUCCUCCCACUGCAUCGGUGACUCCAGGUGGCCGACUGUUGGCUGCCAGCAAAGCUGCCACUGAUGAUAAUCGGACUAGUGACGGACGCGCGGGACGUGCCCUGCAACGAUCCAAUGCCGAACGAGACAGAUCUCGCAAUCAAUUGCGCCAAGCGGAGGCGACAAUCGACAGGUUGCAGACCGAGUUGGCGCAAUCGCGCACGCUGCUCGUGAGGACGCAGAAUCAGCACGAUGAGAAGCGGCGGCGGUGUCGAAGAAGGCGCAAGACGGUGCGGCAUCAGGUGGCUGGGAAGCGACUGGAGGAGUUGGAGAGGAAGAUCACUCGGCUGACUCAGCAUAACACCGUUCUACGGCGUGAGAACGUCGUCUUCAAGAACAGUUUGGAGCAUCGUCUGGCUGAUCUCGCAACAGCUCAGGAUCGCGCAGUGGCUGCAGAACGAGAGCGAGCGGAGGCCUCCCUCGCUCGCGACGACUUGCAGGCGGAGCUGGAUGCGAGUCGACAGUCGCUGCUGAAGGAGCAGGCUUCUUCUGCUGAUCUCCGCAGCAAACUAGCGGAGCGUGAGGAACACCUUGGAGCGUUGCGCAACUUGAUCAAUCUGGUACCUGCGCCGACUCCGCAACCUGAGGUGGAACGAUGCGUGGCGUCGGCCUGUUCCAGUUCGUCUCUUGCCACACUGGCGUCAACGGCCACGGGCCUUGUCUCCUCUGAUCCUCCAGCGCGAACAUCUUCGCAGCAGCUCCCGUCUGGCUCGGCAAAGCGAAGUGGAGAUCUCUCUUCUGAUCCAACGUCACAGUUGAAGCGCGCAAAGCGCGCCACAAGCGACUUUCAAAGAUCUCCGUCUGACAGCCCGUGGAUCUCUGUAUCAGCCCGAAGCCCAUUCACGCACGCAAUUCCACCUGAGUCCAGCGAAGCUGCGCGCCCUGCCGAUGUCACGCCGUGGCUGUGGGUGGUUGUUGCAGGUCACCGCCUUGACCAGCUUACAGCCAAAGACCUCGCUUCGAAGUUCUUACCACGCGACUGGCUGCUACCCGCCGGGGUGUGCAACCCUAAGAAGGGGGAGCUGGCCGUUCCUGCUGACUAUCGGCCCUGGCCACAAGCCUCGGUCGAAGCUUUAUACAAAGCGAGUCCCUGGAAGAUCUUCCUGGAUAACAUGCCCGACCCAGUCUCGUUCGAUAUUGGAGAUCCCCGCUUCCAACCUCUUCUGGCCAUCAUCCGCGAUGUGCUGACUCGGAACGAUAAUCGUGGCGCGCUUGUGUUCUGGGAGAUCACCCACUCCAUCGAGAUUUCCAUUUCCAAGGCCAGCGCUGAGUCUUGGGAGGUGAAGUUCACUUCGGAUCGUAAGAAUCGGAGAUCCCACUUUAUGAAGAUGCUGCUGCCUGUGUUCGAAGAGGUGGCCCGCCUGUGCAAGGCUCAUUUGUGCGACUUGGACAUUCUUCUGGAGCCAUUCUUCCUGCCGCUGAUCGGAACGUGCCCGUGGUUCCCUAAGGGAGCUUCUGGUGCCUCUGGAGAUCUGUUACACGUCUUACGAACGACUGACGAGGCGGAGCCGUGGCGCCUGUUCUACUGGAACGCUCGUGCCAAACACCCAUCGAUGAACGAACCCAUCCACACGCGCCUUCGAGGCAAGUUCAAGGCGCCCUCGUCAAUCGCCUAG